AUGUCCGGCAGCUGCUGUUCCAGGAAAUGCCCCUCCGUGCCAGCCAUCUCUCUCUGCUCCAGAGAGGUGAGCUGCAUGGGGCCCAUCUGCUUGCCCAGUUCCUGCAGGAGCCAGACUUGGCAACUGGUAACUUGUCAAGAUGGCUGUGGGUCCUCAGGCUGCGAUCCCCAAUGCUGUCAGCCCUCCUGUCCUGUAAGUACCUGUGCCCAGCCCGUGUGCUGUGAAUCCACACCUUGUGAACCUUCGAGCUCCGGAAGCAGUUGCUGCCAACCUGUGGGCUGUGAGGACACCUCCUGCCAAGCAGUCCUCUGUGUGCCCACUUCCUGCCAGCCAGUCCUCUGUGAGCCCGGCUGCUGCCAGCCGGUCAUUUGUGAGCCUGGCUGCUGCCAGCCGGUCAUUUGUGAGCCCAGCGGCUGCUCAGCUGUGUGCGCUGUGCCAAGUUCCUGCCCACCCCUGGUUUGCGAACCUGCUUGCUGUCAGCCAGUGUGCCCGGCGCCCAGCUACUGUCCGUCUGUCUGCUCCAUGGCCAGUAGCUACCAACCCAUCUGCUGUGACUCCAGUCCAUGUGAGCCACCUUGCUCAGAGACCAGUAUCUGCCAGCCAGCUGCCUGUGUGGCUCUGGUCUGUGAGCCCAUUUGCCUCCGCACUGUCUGCUGUGUCUCAAGCCCUUGUGAGCCACCGUGUGCGUCCAGCUCCUGCCAAGAACCCUCUUGUUGCGUCUCCAGUAUCUGCCAACCCAUCUGUUCUGAGGCCAGUCCCUGCUCACAAGGUGUCUGUGUGCCCAGCCCGUGCCAAUCUACCUGCUACCUAGUCAAGCGCUGUCGGUCCCUCUGUGAACCAGUAUCCUGCACGUCAGCACCCUGCCAACCUCUUUGCAGCCACCCUGGGUCUUCUGCAUCUGCCAUCUGCCAACCAGCUUGCUCUCGGCCCACUUUCUACAUACCCAGUUCCAGCAAACAGACUUGUAGUUACCCGGUUUCCUACCGUUCAACCUGCCGCCCAAUCUGCUCUGGCUCCAUCGCCUACAGGCAACCAUACGUGACAUCCAUCUCCUAUCGUCCUACCUGCUACCGCUCUUGUUACUCCGUCCUGCGCCGUCCGGCCUACCUCACUUCCGUCUCUUACCGCCCAGUCUGCUCCCGCCUGCCCUGUGGUGAAGCUGACGCCAGCAAAUGGGAUUCCAAGAAAUCCACUUCUAGCCAACCCGAUUGUGCCGAUUCAACCCCCUGCAGGGAGAGUGUCUCAGAGGCAAGUACCUGCCCAGCCAAUGCUGCCAAACCCACUAGCCCAACCACCUGUGAGGCUGCAGGCAGCCAGCCCACUGCGGGCAAAACUGCCAAUGCCUGA